CCCAGUCUUAUGGGUUGAUGAUAGAGUUGCCAGGUGGGAGAACGUUGUAUGAUGGUGGACUGCAACGUAUCCCACUGCCUUCACCCAAACGAGCCAAUCUUUCACGAAUCAGGUGACCCAAGCAUCGAGAUCAGCGAUGAGGCUAAGACCCCAGAUGAUGACAAUCUUUCCAUGCUACCCAUUACCAUAUUGCCUUUGAUUUUGUCAGCAAGUACUGGAAUAAGUCACCAAUCGCCAUCAUCUUGAUGAUUAAAAGACAGAGGCUAACGUAAGAGACAGGUUUUACCCGAGUUGACCGCACACCAGUGUGUAAUGGAACAAGAACGCAUUUAAGCGGCUUUUAGUGGCUGAGAAGACCAAAGAGCUCAUCACAGCUCCGGAUAUUAGUGCUGGGAAGGGACAGGGCCUACUUAUCAUGCUUUGUGAAGGGCCUGGGACGGAGAAGACGCUGACGGCAAAAAGCAUCGCGGAGGAACAAGAAAGACCAUUGUACAUAGUCGCGGGUGGCGAGAUUGGAACAGAACCGACCGGCAUAGAGAAGCAGAAGAACCAAACCGCUGACUCAAAUAGUACCUUAAUGCUGUGUUGGAGCUUGGUACGAUUGGACGAAGCAGACACUACCAGCGUCCUCAAAUACCACGAUGGCUUCGUAAUCCUCUCCACCGACCGCGUGGGUAUCUUCGGCGAAGUCUUCAAGUCGCUCAUCCAACUAGCGCUAGGGUAUAGCAACCUAGACGAGAACCAACGAAAAAAGAUCUGGAGCAACUACAUUAGAAAUCAACGGCGCCAGAUACGCAAUAUGCCUACUAUGGCGAGGCAUUUGGCCAUGAUUAGGAGCCAGAUGUUGACGUACCAGCAUAUACUGCAUGCGGUCGAGUUAGUCACAGAGUUUAAACAGUAUUUAGAGUAG